AUGUAUACAUGUACCUAUCUUUUUAUAUAUCACAGUCAUUGUGCAUCUAUCUAUCUAUCUAUCUAUCUACAGACUUUCCUGAAAAUGCAUCCUAUAAUUCCUGUCAAACGAAAUUUAUACAUAUUUUGUGACACCUUAUGUAUGUAUGUAUGUACCUUUUUAUAUAUCGCAAUCAUUGUAUAUCUAUCUAUCUAUCUAUCUAUCUAUCUAUCUAUCUAUCUAUCUAUCUAUCUAUCUAUAGACUUUUCUGAAAAUCCAUCCUCAUUGUACAUCUAUCUAUCUAUCUAUCUAUCUAUCUAUCUAUCUAUCUAUCUAUAUAUAUAUAUAUAUAUAUAUCUACAGACUUUGAAUAACUAUAAUUCCUUUCAAACAGAAAUAUAUACGUAUUUAUGGGACACCUUAUUCAUUGUGCAUCUAUCUAUCUAUCUAUCUAUCUAUCUAUCUAUCUAUCUAUCUAUCUAUCUAUCUACAGACUUUCCUGAAAAUGCAUCCGUGCUUUUCAUUGUACAUCAAUCUAUCUAUCUAUCUAUCUAUCUAUCUAUCUAUCUAUCUAUCUAUCUAUCUAUCUAUCUAUCUACAGUCUUUCCUGAUAAUUCAUCCUAG